GCAGCCGACUUACUUCCAUGAACAAACAAAGUAGCUUGACAAGAAAACCAGGCCUUUUAUGGUGACGCCAUAUGACGACACUCGAAUCAACUUCAAAUCCUCUAUAAAUCACGCCUUCCUUCAACUUCAUCUCACCUCUGUUCUGUUCAUGGCGGAUCCCGAUUUUCAAGAGUCCGACACAGUAUUCUCCGACGACAUCAAAACUCUCUACAAAGAAAUUGUCACCACGCGGAUCUCACACGCUACUACCAGCAAAACUAAUCAUAUCGAUCGAUCUAAGAAGAUUAAGAAGAAGAAAUCAGUGUCGAGUGCGAUUCCGGUGAACAAUCCGGCCGGAAAUUUGUAUCGUUGUGUGGAUUUACAGGAUGAAGUAGAUGAUGAUGUAGGAGAAGACGAUGAAGAAGAAAUGAUUCCACCGCAUGUAAUAAUUGAGAGGAGAGUUCAAAGGAAAAUGGCGUUCUCUGUUUGCUCCGGGAAUGGGAGGACGCUCAAGGGAAGGGAUUUGAGUCAAGUGAGAAAUUCCAUUCUUCGGCUGACUGGUUUUUUGGAAACCUAAUAUUUUCACACCUUCUUCUCCAUUCUUAAUUUCAAACUUUUUGAUUGUGGCUAAUAACGCCUAUACAUAUAUAUGAUUUACAAGAAGAUACAUUCACUCGUGAAAACCAGAAUCAAUCAAACUAGCUUCGUCCUUUCUGGGAUUAAAUUCUUGUUAAUUGUAGCAGAAAACUUGGAUUUAGAAACACA